AUGCAAAAAUUACAAGAAAGUGUCUUUUCUAUUGUUAAAACGACAAGUCUUUCUCCGGCUGUAUUUAGUUUUUUACAACCAACCGAAGAAUUUUCAGAUAAAACUCCUCUAGGAGGAAUUCUUCGAGAUACUAAAUAUGGAUGGCUCGCUCUUGGACCAAAAUUCUGUGUUGUUGAUUUACGAAGUGGACUUAAAAUUGCUGCUCGAACAUUUGGAGGUGGCAUAAGCAGUCGCAUAACAGUCACAAGUGUAGUAGAACUACCAACACCUCUGACAGAAAAUUCACAGCAACUAAUCAUCAGCUUAGAGUGCGAUGAUACAACAAGUCUCAUAUAUGUAUUUCAUAUCAAUGGGUCCCAACUUCUUCGAUGUAUACAAACCAAUGUUGUGGUCACUGAACUUGCAGUCUGUGAUGCCUUGCCCAAUGGACCGCUUAUGUGUUUUGAUGGUUUGGUUAUGGCUGGUACUCGACGUGGUGAAGUCCUUGUCUUUGAUCUUAACAGAGCCAUCUUAUUACAAGCAUUAAAAGAUGUAUCACAGGGCUAUGAACAUUUAGUGAGGGGGGAAAAUAAUGUAGCAAAUCUUAUUUUUUUGCCUUUUAAAGCUAUACACAAAAUUGAAAGUCAAAGAGACUUGGCUGUUGAAAAUGAUGAUCACUUGGCUAUUCUACUAAAUGAAGAUUCUUUUCUUGAUGGCCAGUAUAUUUUUCGCAAUCCUGAUGGGACAGUCCGCAUGAAAGCCAAGCAAAGUCAUAUUAGAGUAACCGUAGCACAAUAUAUACCUCAGUUGGGUAGUUUAGCAGUUGGUUUUAAUUUUGGAGCAUUUCAAAUAUGGAAUCUGUUGAAUUUGGAAUUAGAAUUCACUUCCCAAGUCAAUGUGGAGUGCUUGCCAGUUACUCAUUUUGGAUUUCAGGAGCCCUGUGAUGAUCCAAGAGCAUUUUGCUAUUUGUGGGUAGUUUUCUCAGUGAUAGAUAGGUUUGAAGAGGAAGAAUUUCCAUUGGCUGUGAUGUAUUCUUUAACUUAUCAAGGCAAAAGGAUGUUGACUGAAACAAAAUGUCUUUAUCAGAAAUUUUCAAUGGCAACAAUAAGAUUCCAAAUAGAGUUAAGUGCAAUGGAAGAUGCACAACUCAUUGGUGGCAGAUGUAUUUCCUGCCAUACUUACUCUAUUAGUUCUACUCUUGGAGAGGAAGGCGAAGAUACAAUGCUAAAUUUAUGCCAACUAAUAUGGGAGUGCUGGGGAAAUAAUCCCAACUUGCCAACUCAACAUGGAAUGCUGCUCUUUGAUCUCGACCAGUGGUAUAAGGACCAGAUGCCAGCAACAUAUCAUUUGGAAAAUAAUGCGUUUAUGAGUGUGUCUCGCUGUCCAGAAGUUAGUAGUGGAACAUGUUUGACUUUGGAUAUACGAUUGGACCCAACGUCCGUGUCUCCAUAUUCACAUGCCACUAGACUGGAAGAACACUUUUACCCUAAUUCUUUACAAUAUAAUUGCACAUGGCUCAACACAUCGGAAGCAUCAAUACUCCACACGGUUGGUGUGCAGCGACAGCUAGUGCGAGGCAUCGGCGCGGCUGGUCCCAGCUGCCUGCUCGCGCCGGCACGUCUGCACGCCGCAGCGGUCGCGGCCGGACUGCGCCCGCUGUACUGCCACUCGCAUGCUGUGAAUCCGGACGAGCAACGACGCUAUCUUCUGUCAGUGGCGCUGGAAGGACGGCUGUCGCGGUUCCUGAAGCGCUGCGCGCACGACUGGGCCACCGGCACGCAUAGUGGGGUCGGGUGUACUCUGCCUUUUUUGGUUGAUUGGAGCUGGAAGAGAGCUAUUGAAUUGAAAGAAAAUGCUAAAGAUCUUACCGCACCUUUGUUUACUUCGGCUAAUGUACCUGAUAGGAACGUAGUGCGUUGCCUGGAGCACUGCGUGCAGCAACUCACUCAGCUCACGGGACUGUUAGACGCUAUACUCACCAAGUGCUGCAAUCUUGUUGUGCCUGAUGCACUAAGUGAAAUGGAGGAGAAGUACAAGGGCAUGGGUACGGUGUCGCUGUACUUCCAGGUGGUGCAGUGGUUCGUGCGCGUGGCGCUGCUGCCCGAGCGCGCGCCCUGCUACGCCGCGCUGCCCUACCCCGCCGCGCAGCUCGCGGACGUGUACACUAAACGUCGUGUGAAGUUACAUCGACUGCAAGACAGGUCGGAAGAAGAGUCCGUGAACAAAUCGUGUUCUUUGCUAUACAUAGAUCAGCUCAUUGAAAAUGAAUUUGGAGGCGAGCGAGUGCAUCAAAUGUGGAUAAAAGCGGGUAGCACGGCCGGCCUGUAUCCGCCGCCGUCGCUGUACGCGCUGCUGCGGCUCUACCUGCUACCGGACAUCCCUGAAGAGCACAAGCACUCGCUGCUGCUGUAUCUACUGCUUGAUUACUCUAUGCUGUAUGAUGAUAUCAGAUACGAGGCAGUAAUCCGUCGGUUAAUGCAGUUCCCCACAAUGUUUGGGCUCAGCAAUACUGCCAUUAAAGCUACACAGGCCUUUUGGCAUCUCGAUCAUAGAGAUUUUGAUUUCGCACUUGACCAACUCCAAUGCCUAACAGGCAACACGCUAUCAGACUGGCAACACCAUGUUGUCCUAUCAUCUCUAUUAGCACAAAAGAAAACUCAAGCGGCACUACAAUAUCUGCAUGUGAGGAAACCACCACCAAUACAAAGUAGUGAAGUGAAUGAUCAUGAUAAACUGGAAGAUUGGCAAUCUUGCUGUAAUCUGUAUCUGGCGAGAGGAUUGGUGUUCGAAGCAUUGGAUGUGAUCAGAAUGUGCGUCCAGAAUGCCAGUUCGGCUGAUGAUAAGACUUAUCUGCUUAAUUUCUUUUAUAAAGGAUGUCGUAAUACGGGCCAGCUGUCCAAAGUUCUUCAAGCUACACUGUUACCGUUCGAAGAAGAAGUGUUUAUAAAUUAUCUGAAAGAUUGUAAUGAGCCGCAAACCUCUGACAUACUCAUCAUGUACUAUUUACAGCAGGCCAGGUACCUAGAAGCGCAACAACACAACGAGAGGGCGAAGGCCCGCGGGGGCGGCGGCGCGGAGGGCGAGGCCCGCGACGCGCUGGUGGAGGCGGCGUGCGCGGCGCUGCCCCGCGUGUCGCACACCGUCGCGCGCGCCAUCACCGACGCAUUUGAACCCCAUAUCAUCAAGCCUAAGCCAAUGUCAGUGUAUGUUCAGGCUAAAUCACCAAAAAAUACCUUUACAUACAAAUCGUCUUUCAUACAGGAUACAAUCGAAAAUGCAAGUGAGACAUGGAUUAAUAAACCGAAAUUAAGAAAAGGUAUCAAACGCGCUCUAAACAUAGAAGAAACGCCAUUUAUUUGUACCCCUAAAACAUAUAAGACCAGAAGCUUCCUAUCGGAACAAAAGAGCUGCGAAGCAACACCGCCAAAGCGCGCAAAACUCGACCUUACGGGCACUCCCCGAACGCCCAAAGUCCCUUGCACCCUCAAAGUCAGUGAUGCCCUCAGCCGCCAAAUGGCGAGCUUACUCGAUAUGCCCGAAGUAGAGAGCCCUCACAAACACUACGAAAGAGCUGAAACACCACAUAGUAUUUUAAAGAACCGUCGAUUAGAAAGUCGAAACCAAGACGCGCCGUCGCCCGCGGACUCCCGCUACCAGGGCGACAGCGACGACGAGCUGGAGACCGCGAGCAACCAUACACAUUGCAGCGAUGCUAAUAAGCAUCUCCGUUUCACAAUACCAACUUCAUCAGAAGCAGGGUCCACACCCUCGCCAGUAGCGGUGCCAGUCCAGGAGGUGAAGGAAGAGUCGGAGGAUAGCAACGAACAUGAGGACUACGGGCAUAGGGCUUCGCCUAUGAGUGAGUCUCAUCCAAUGGAAUCGCCGCCAAAGAAAUUCGCCGCUGAAGAGGUCAAACUUAGAAAGUCUUAUAAAGACAAUGUCAGAGCAAGGAAAUCCCUGUCCAUAUCAGUGAAUAGCAGUCUAUCGGACGACCCGAAUUCCUCUAUAGAAAGCAUAGCGGAUAUACCCGUUACACUCAUUAACCCGCGGUAUAGUGCGAGGGAGAGGGACAGACUCUCGCGCUCUCCUUCCAGAGAGAGAGAGGAGGGAAUGGUGAAGGUGGAGAUUACGGAGAGAGAGAACGGAGAAGUGAAUGUGGAAGUUAGAGAGAGAGAGGAAAGUUAUGUGCCUAAGACGCCGAAAGGAAGACGCAGUAUUCGGUCUGGUGUUAGUGAUAGUGCUUCAGUUGGCAAUAGAAGUCACUCGGUGACACCUGAACGUCAAGACUCCCCGAUGGUAACGCCGCUACGGAGAAGCAGAUCUCGCACGCCGGAGCUGUCGCCGCGCGCGCUGCCGCCCAUUGCCGAGCAGCCCGCGCAGGAGGAGGGCAGCCCCGCGCUCGCGCCCGCGCCCGCGGCGCUCGCCCUCACCAGGCGGCUCAGAAGCAGAUCACGUACGCCAGAAAGAAUAGAUAAAUCAGUUAAAGAGUCGCCUCGACUGGAAGCGAUCAAGGAAUUGCCAGUAUCGAUAGAGUCACCGCCUGCUUCGCCCACUCGUCGCGGUUUGAGAAGUCGCUCACGUACUCCUGAAGUAGAAGUACCAGAACAACCCGUUGUUACCAGCCCAAGAAGUUUGAGGAGCCGUUCGAAAACUCCUGAAAAGUUGAUGUCCCCAAAGAAAGAAUCUUCCAGAAACAAAAAAUCACUGUCCAGAAUAGUCUUGGAAGCUAACGCGUUUGCAAAAACAAAACAAAUAGAAAAAAUGGACACUGAAUCCAUUGAAGAGAAGACCGACAGCACCGUAGAAAGCACUCCAGUGAAAUCGUCCAAAGACACACCAAGCUUUAUGGAUGUUACAUUCUCACCUAUAGUAAACAAAUCUAUCCUUCAAAGCUCAACUGAAAGCUUUUUAUCAAUGACAACAAAAGAAAUCUCCAAGAGCGAUGAAGAUUCUGGAAUUAAACCAUUACCGGCUUUCACAACUAUCAAUGAAGUUUAUAUGGAGAAAUCUGUACUCCACAGCUAUGAGAGUAGUGUGGCUGAAUCUAGCAUUGAAGAGAGGGAAAUGAAAACUGAAUUAAAAUCUUUACCCGCAUUUACAACUAUGCAUGAAGAUUUUGGAAAAUCAGUGCUUCACAGUGUCGAAAGUAGUAUAGAGACUAGCGUUCAAGAAAAAGAAGGAACUAAAGUAGAAGAAUUACCUAAAAUCUCCUUCAAAUUGAACGAAAGCGAUUUCGGCAAACCCGUGCUCGGUAAUGAGAGUACAAUCGAUUCGUCAAAAGCCAAAAGUGUAGAUUCUAGUAUCAUGACUAGUGAUAGUGAAGUGGAAACUAACUGGAAAUCCCAAGAAACAGCGAGAGUUAUGAAGGAGAAAGAGAAAAUAGUAGAAAUAGAGAGAGAGAUAAAUGAGAUAGAAGGAGAGAUGUCGGAUGAGUGCAGAGUUGAAUCUGAUUCGGAAGUUGUUGAAGAAUCCAGUGAGAGUGCUGAAGAAGAAAGUGAUGAAAGUGAAGAGGAAGAAGAAUCCACAUCUGAAAGUGAAAAUGAAAUAAUAUCCAUAAAUGACUCUGACGAAUCUUCAGACGCUAACAAUUUGCAAAUUGACGAACAAAUGCCAAUAGAAGAAAAAGUAACAGAGGUCGUUGAAGAAGUUAAAAUUCAAGAAAUUGAAGCCUCUAUUAUUGAAGAAGAGAUCAUCGUUGAAAAUCCCAUAGAAAUUACAGAAGAGAAAAAAGAAGUAGAACCUACUUCAGUGGUAGAAGAUCCAGCAGAACUUAACCAAGUUCCCAACAUGUCCAUACUUACUGAUGAUAAUUCUAUUGUGGAAUCUGAAUCUGUAAAUCUCAAUUAUUCAGAUGAAAAUAAAGAAGAAAUAGAUAAUAAAAAUAGCAGUGAAGCUAUGGAAACAGAUCCUGUCGAAGUAGUAGUAAUAGUUGAAGCGAUGCAACCUAUAACUGAAGAAAAAGAAGAUAUUCCAGUAGUUGAGAAAGUUGAAGCUGAACAAACAUCACUACUUAAAAGUUUAGAUGUGGUUGAUGCAAGUCUUCCAUUAGAACCAAAACUUAAAGAUAGUCAAGUCGAAAAAGCAGAGGAUAAGAAGAUUGAACCGACACUAGAAUUAGCAAGUGAAAUGACAUCUAUAAUUGUAGCUAAAGAAGAAAUUAAAAUACCUACCAAAGAAAUGGUAGUAGGUGAAGCUUCAGUCUUACCAGAAAAAGAAAUUUCUAAAGAAGAAAAUGUACAUCAAAAUAAAGAUGAAUAUAAAGAAAAGGAAGUACCUAAAGAAGAAACUAAAGAAAUAGUUAAAGAAAAAUCAAAAGAUAAAGAAGAAAUGAAAACGCAAGACAAUGUAGAACAAAUAGUUGAUAAACCAAUGCAGAGUGAAGAAAUGAUUGCAAAAGAAACACCACUUAUAAGAAAGCGUACAAAAUCUACAUCUUCUACGAAAUCAAUAGACACUGAAGUACAAAAAACACCAUCGACUAGAAGAAGAGCUCAGUCCGUUAACAAAGAAACUAUAGAGGAAAAAACACCAGACAGCAAAACAAUCGAAGUUAGUACGCCAAGGCGAGCCAAAACUCCUUCAGAUGUUAGAAAAAUAAUAACACGUAGAGCGUCUAGAGAAAUAUCAGAGAAAUUAGAAGAAGAUUCUAUAACCGAAGAAUUGACUCCACGACGUCGCUCCACUCGUUCUAGAAGUAAAAAAGAAGAUGAUAACGUCAGUGUUGCAUCUGAAUCUUCCGUAAAAUCUAAGAGCAUAGCGACUCGAAGGGCAUCAAAAGAAACUAAAGAAGCAGAGAAAGUAGAAGAUAUUAAAGGAGACGUUUUGACUCCCCGACGUCGUUCCACUCGUUCUAGAAGUAAGAAAGAAGACGAUAAUGCCAGUGUUGUUUCUGAUUCGUCAGUGAAAUCAAAUAGAAGUAGAAUGAGUGAGGAGGGAGAAAUUAAAGUACGGAAAGGGCGCAAAUCCAUACUCAGUACGAAGCCGGACCUGUCUGUUAUACCAGAAGUGGCCACAGAAGAGUCUAAGGCAGAAAAUGAUGAUAUCAUGCAAGAACUAAGCGCUAGAAGAUUAACCCGUAACCAAAAAGCGGUUUUAGAGUCCUGGCUGGAACCCAAAUCACCCCACACUCCUGGAAGAAGAGCAAGCGUGGCUUCCAGAUCUGAGGCUGAUGAUGACGACGCCUCGUCCACCCACUCCAUGGACCCUCAGACCAUGGAUAGAAUUAAUUUGUUAAAUAAACCCGACUUUGAAGGCUCGCCAGACCCCGACGAGUUGGGCCUCGCCGUAGACACCACCUUCGGUAGACGAUGCGCGACUCCCGAGUCGUACGAGAGCCCUCUCCGCGGGCGCCGCGCGUCCUUCGCGCGCGCCUGCGAGGCGCUACACACGCCCAAGGGACGACGGACUUCUACUGAUCAGCGGAAAGCUGAUCUAUCAAGUCAACAAGGCUCGCCCUCUGAGGGGUCGCCCUCCGCCCCCGGCCGCCGCCCGCGCCGCGCCUCCACCGCCUCCAACACCAGCCAGACCAAGGCCGAUACUGCUAAGAAGUCCAAAAAAACUGCAGAUAGAGAUAAGGAAAGCAAGGAG